UUGGAUUGCCUUGGACUGGCAUGAAAUCGACGAAACAGCACAACGACAAUUGACAAUCUAAGGCUGUGCGCAGUUGACUCCCUGAAUAUUAACGAUAAAGGUCGGAUGAUAAUUUAGUAGCCUAACAUUACCAGAUUAAAACGUUUAGUGAGGCUGGUUUUAAGAAUUUAUCCUAACCCUUUUUCGUCAUGACCACACGGCGUUACGUCGGAUGAGCCUCAUCAAACCGUCAGUUUGGUAUCGAUACAAAAUCGGGUUUAUUAGGCAAAAACCCCGAAUAUUAUUUGCGCGAUACAAAUAAUAAUAACGCGAGAGUUUGCAAGUUGCCAGAAGACUGUAGUUGCAGCUGUCAAAGGAAGAGUGGAUACGCGCAUGACUCAACACACAUUACUGUAGCCUAUUACUGUACACGGCCGCGAAGAUAAUUUCCGUAUAAAACCCCGAAAUAAUCCCGAGGAGUCGGAGACGUCUCUAUCUUUCCUGCGUGUCUCCUGAUAUUCACAUUUCUUGAGUUUUCCAACGAGACGAUUGAGAUUAAAGAAGUGCCUCGUGGUUGCCAUAUUAAUGCACGAAAGGGGGAAAAGUGGAUGCUGGAAAUAAGGCGCGUGGCUAACGACGACUGUCAGUCCGCCUCCAUCGAAGCCCCCGACCAGACCCGCUUGGAACAGCAGGUGUGAUGGCCAUGUAAGACCGGGAAAGGCGCAUAUACCGCGCGAGGUGUAGCCCUACCGCCUGACCCCCACGUGGGUGACCCCGGCCACCCGGCGGCUCGUGUUGGGUGACUCCCGACAUUGCAGCAUGGAGACCCCCAGUAGCCCCCGGCUGGGGAAGCUGUCAUCAGGGGGGGCUUCAAGAGGUCGUCCCCCCAAACAGGCCCACCCCCAGGAGGCUGCCAGGACCACAGCUACAGGCCCAGAGAGCAACAAACAGAGUCCUCCUUGUAGUGAAAGAGGGGAGGGGAAGAAGAAGGGGCGUCCCAGAGCUGAAGUGCAGGAGCUGAGGAGUAUUCCUGCUAACAUGAUGGUCCAGUGGAAGGAUGAGUUUAAGAGGAGGUCAAGGGUAAAGUGUCCGUGUUCAGGCUGCUGGUUGGAGUUCCCCAGCAUCUACGGCCUCAAAUACCACUACCAACGCUGCCAGGGGGCAACCCUAGCGGAGAAGUUGAGUCAUGGCUGUCCGGACUGUGAGGCGGUGUUCGCCACUAAGGUCCGGCUCCAGAAGCACAAGCUGUGGAACCAUCCAGAGAGAGUUACCGUGGAGACCACGGCCGAGCCCAAACUACAGAAGAUCCCCGUGAAGGGGGCCGCCAAGAAAAGGCCUAUGGAGAUUACUACCCCAUCGCCGGUGUUCUUCAAAGUGAAGAAGACCCAGGAUGUGUCUAGUCCCUCCCAGAAUGGGGAGUGUUCCCCCCAGAGGGGGGAGAGGAAACAGCACACACACCCCCAGCCCCCUCAACAUCAGGCCUCCUCUUCUGACACCUCCCCCAACACUCCGGAUGGCAGCGAGAGCGAUGGUGAGGGGGGAAGCCUCCUCCCACCGUAUCCAGAUGAAGACCCUGAGAGGACAAGGCACAGACGGAAGCAGAAAACUCCUAAAAAGUUCACUGGAGAACAGCCCUCCAUCUCUGGGACGUUCGGACUGAAAGGUAUGAACAAGGUCGAGGAGAAGCUAAAGGCUGGUCGUGUGAAGAGAUCAGAGGGAGGUCUGUUCAGCGAGGAGCCCCAGAGGAAGAACCCUGGCCCAGCCUCCAGAAGAGACCCACCACCCCUCACCUCUGGUACUCCAGCAGAGGCCCAGUGGCAGCAUGCCAUCUCAGAGCGAGGGGAGGUGCUCUGUCCUACCUGCUCCAUCGUCACCAGAAAGACCGUCUCCGGCCUUAAGAAACACAUGGAGAUCUGCCAAAAGCUCCAGGAUGCCCUGAAGUGCCAGGAGUGCCACAAACAGUUCAGGUCCAAGGCCGGACUCAACUACCAUACAAUGGCUGAGCACAGCAGCAAGGCCUCGGGGAGCGAGGGCCAGACGGGGGACAGGCAGGAGGAGAGAGAGAGGCUGCGCAGAGUACUCAAACAGAUGGGACGAAUCAAGUGUCCUAACGAGGGCUGCUCGGCCCAUUUCUCCAGUCUAAUGGGGUACCAGUACCAUCAGAAGCGUUGUGGCAGAGAGCUGUCAGAGGAGGACAAGCCUGUGUUUCUGUGUCAGCACUGUGGGAAGACCUACCGCUCCAAGGCUGGCAGAGACUACCACCUCCGCACUGAACACCGCACCCCCACCACCCCCAACACCACCAACACCACCAACAUCAAUGAUACCAACAACACUAACGCCAGCAGAGGGGUGAGCACAGAGGACUCCCAGACACAGCUUGGGGGAAGGAGGGAGCUGAACCACACGGAGAGAGAGAGGAAGGAAAAGGAGAAGUGGCAAGAGUUGUCUGCAGGUAGGGAGAAAGAGAGAGAGGAGGGGAGAGAGAGGGGUGGGGAGAGAGAGGGCCUGGGGGAGGACUUUGAGAGGACUCCCAGUGGUAGGGUGAGACGUCGGUCGGCCCAGGUAGCAGUGUUCCACCUGCAGGAGAUAGCAGAGGAUGAACUGACCAAGGACUGGGGAACCAAGCGCCGCAUCAAAGAUGACCUAGUACCGGACAGCAAGAGGUUGAACUACACUCGGCCUGGCCUUCCCAAGUUCAGUCCCAAGCUGCUGGAGAGCUGGAAGAACGAGGUCAAAGAGAAGGGUUUCCUCUGCUGCUCCAACGGAAGCUGUGAAGCUGUUUACUCCAGUGUGUCUGGGCUCAAAGCUCAUCUAGCCAACUGUAACCAGGCAGGGGGCGACGCAGGGAAGUACACCUGCUUAUUGUGUCAGAAGGAAUUCAGCUCAGAAAGUGGUGUCAAGUACCACAUCAGCAAGACACAUUCACAGAACUGGUUCCGAGCCUCUAGCCAUGUGGUGCCCAGCAGCAGCAAGAGCAAACUGGCAGAAAACAAAGAGUUUGAGAAAAAGGAGGUUAAGAACGGUGCCACCACAGGAAAGAAGAGAGGCCGCAAGCCCAAAGAGCACCCCCUCAGGCCACCCCUGUCCAAACAAAGACUCCUUUCAGUUCCACCCAAAUCUCAUCCUCCACCCCCACCCCGAACCCAACUUCAACCGCCACCCCGAACACGGCCCAAGCCCAGCACCAGGCCCAGUCCCCGACAGAGAGGGUGAACCUGGAGACCCCGACAUUAAACAGACAGCCCAACCCCCCUACCACAAGGAAGGGAAAGACCAAGAGGGUGCCCCCUCCCUCAGAGUAGAUCUGCUUUCACUAACCCAGGAGCCAGAGAGGAUGCUAUCUCUCUGACGUGCCAUCCACAUUACGCCAGUAAGCUCAAAGACGUUAUGGACGACACAAGGACUGGGGGACAGCGAACGAAACUAAAAAUAACCAUAGAGACAUGAAAAGAAUUAGAUCAUGCUUUUGAUUUGACUCUGAUCUUUGUGUUUUAACCCUAUACUGUAUACGGUGUAUGUGUCUACUGGUAUAUGCUGAUGUAACAGUUCAUUUUUUCUCCAUUCCAUUUCUAAGCAUCAUUUCAGUUAAGCUAUUCACAACAGGGAUUAAUUGUAAUCAAAGUUAAAAUCCAACUCAAUAUAUAAAUAGCAUUUUCUAAACAAAAGUCAUAUUUCAAUAGAAUUUUGCAUAAUUCCCUAUACAUGUCUGUAGAUUCAUGUUGUGCUUGAGAGAUUUUUUAAAGGAUAUUCUAUUAGCAUGGUGAGGUAAUUUACUGCUAGUGAUUUUUCAAUGGAUAUACUGUACUGUGUAUAUAAACAAUAUCUAUAUCUAUAUAUCUAUAUACUCAAAGCAAUGACGUCAUCCAUAGUUUUUUCAAGGCAGGAAGGUCAAAUUUGCAUUUUGUUGUUUUCCACUUUGGCGUCUUAAGUUAGUUUUUCAUUGUGGCAGCUGAAUGCCGAAGUAGAGAGCUUUUUUCAUCAGUCUGCUUCAGUGCAAUACACUCAUUGUGUUUUGGCCCAGAGUACACACUGUUACGCAUAAAUCAAACUCUUUCUUCUGUUCUUAUGCUGUUCAAGUAUUUAUAGUCAUUUUGUUCAUUUCAAAUUUACACUGAAAUGUGGGAUUUAUUUUUUAUUUUACAUAUGAUAUGAGAUUUUAUCCAUUUUUGAGACAGUAAUUAUACCUUGGGGCACAAGGGUAUGAUUGAGGAUGUUUACGCAAACAUUUCUAAACUAAAAUCUGUAUCUACACCAAGCAAUGUAAACGGCAUAUUCACAAAGUUUGAAGAUGAAAAAAUGUUGUUGAAUAUAUGUUUCCACUGCUUUUGUUGCUAAUUAUGGACUAAAUGCUGAAUCUAACAGUGGAAAAGUAUUUGACCAGAGUUGCACCAUUGCAGCACAAUCAAAUGAGUUGUCACCAUUUUGGAGAUUGAAGUCCAAAUUGAGGAUGAUCUGGAAAAAUCUACUUGCUCUUGUUUGAAUGAAAUAAUUCAGAAAAGGGAGCGGCAUAUGUCUUUUUGUAGAAAAUUGAAGUCAGUUUGAAAAUAAUAUUUUAUGAAACAAAAAAGAAAUCCUGCAAAUAUAGUUUCUAAAAACACUUGUCUUGCACUAACCCUAACCCUUCCCUCCCUUCCCCUGUUGUGUCUUUCUGCACUUGAAGAGCACUGCUAAUCUUUUACCCCAACAUUAAUGCUCCAGAAGAGGCUGCCCUUAGACACAGAUCUAGGAACCAGCCUGCCCUCCCUAAAUUCUAACCUUAACCAUUAUAGGCAAAGACACAAAACUGGCCAUAGGUCCAUGUCUAAGGGGCAGUUUCACCCUACUCAAACUUUAACCCCCCUAUAUGGGGGGUUGUAACCAGGACUAAAACAGAACCCGAGUGGUGUCCAAAAAGAAGUACUUUUAGUCCUCUGUGACCCGCAUUCUAACCAGAUUCAAUGACAAAUGGGAAACUAACAGGGCCACCUGUCUAACUCAGAAUCCUAACAAAGCCAUAAAUGAUCCUCAGAAAUGCAAAACAUUUAGGCUGUUUUACCAGUCAUAACUGUUUUAUUGUAAAAUGAAUUAAGUCUAAAUUAAAUGUCUUUAAUUUAUGAAAAAUACUAGCAUGUGCAAUCAGAGAAUUUUAAGAUUUUAUCUAUGUAAUAAUUACUUAAAGUAGAUACUUGAAUUCACACAAAACAAAUGAAAUAAUUUGAUUGAAAUAAAACCCCUAAAAUCUUUCAUUUAUAUUUAUAUCAAUAGAGCAGAAUAGCUUGCUCUCAAAGCUACAGAUCUAUUUUAUAAUCACGUGUGUAUAUUAUCUAGUUAAUAUGAUAGCAAGGGGAGUUUGUAAAAAGUGAAUGGUUACAUGGUGCAAAUUAAUCAGUCUGCUUGUUCAUCCAGCACAGUUUUUCCUAAAAAUUGUCCUAAAAUUGUACUUUGCAUUAUGUCCAAAUACAGAUACUUAACUCAUACCAUAAUGUAAUAUUAACCCUUGUGCUGACAUUUUGUGUUCCUCAAGUUAGGAUUCAGCCCAAUAUCACCAUUGCAAUUGAAUUAGAUUUUGUAAAUGUCAGCCUAUAUUGCUUUAAUCCAUAAUUGUAUAUUUUGGGAUGAUAGGAGUUCUCAAAGGGAUAGUGUGAGAUUUGGGCAAUCAAGUCAGAUGAACUCAUGGAUACCAUUCCAUGUCUCUGCGUCCAGUUUGAAGGAAGUUCAAGGUAGUUUCUGGAGCGAUUGUUAAUGACUGGAAGUCUAUGGGAUCAGCUAGCUUAAUUGCAAAAAUAUCUCACUAUCCCUUUCACGAAGGACUGGGUGUAGGCUACAUCCCUUACAUUGCAUUACGAUGAAACACCUCCCGUAUUGUUAUAUUCACAUUUGAUAGAUGAACAACAGAGGUUAGAUAGACAAGCACUGACGAUACCUUGCGCUUUUCAAAUCCAGUUCUUCAGACCUUGGCCCUUGGCUCUCGUCUAGUGACUGGCUUUUGUGUAUCGGGAGAAUGAGCACCUUGGCUGGAGUUCAGUUAUAGAACAUGCAUUCUCACAAAGGCUUUGCAGAAACAUUCUACAGGCUACACAUUCAUUCCAACCCUUUAUUAUGAGAGGAUGUUAAGAACAGUUAGUAGUUGGGUGUGGAGUUUUGGCACAGUAUCAAUUAUGAGUUGCUUGUUGAUUUGUUUGAUUUUUAUGUCAUAUUGACUGCUAUUGUUUACCUGACAAGCUUUGGUGUUUGCAAUAUAAUAGUUUAGCACUGCUUACCAUUGUGGAUAUUAUUAUAUACUUUAUUUGACCCUUUACUACCUGUCUUCCUAGAUGAUGUGGGAAACACAUAUCCCGCAGUUUGAGCUAAUGUAGAAUACAGCAGCAACUGCAACAAUAUGUUUAGAGAGUACAGCAAUACACCAUAUUUUGUCGGUCACAUUGGCUUGCUAAUGUUUUGAUAUCCAGUGUAAUUGACACAUUUAAUGGCUAAUUUAUUUCACCUACCCUAUCCCUUUGUUUGUUUGCUUAAGAAUUUUCUUUUCUCAGUGACAAAUCAAAAAAAGAAGAAAAAAAUGAAACAAAUAAGUUGAAGUGGAAGUCCAUCAAAUGUGAUGGUAUGUGUUGAAAUACACUGUUUAACGUGUUUGACGAUGCACAUUUCAUUUAGCUCUUGGGGACACAUUGGCACACAUAUGGAGAAUGUUCAGUUGUCCAUAUCUGAGGGUGAACAAGGAGGCGUGUGUGUGUGUGUGUGUGUGUGUUUGUUUUUAGUGCACUUACUAUCCAAUGAAAUAGGCUUGAAUUAGGAGUGUUGUCUCCAGAGCUUUUUAGUGGUCUGGACUGUGUGUGGUUUGACUUUUGUAUCUGGGCAUAGGCUAAGGUGUCUUCCCUUUUUUCACUAAAUGCUAUUUCUCCCUUUAAUGUUUUAUCUUACAAACAUUCACAAUCUCAAACGGCUUCAGAUGACUCUUUCUUUUGAAAAUUGACCAUUAUAGAGAGGAUACAAAAUGAUUGGUUAUGUUGAGAAGAAUACCUAGGAUGUUUUUCCUGUUUUCUAUGUUGAAGUUGUUCAUAUCUGAAGCUAUAUCCUAACUAGGGAGGCACCACACCUCUGAAUCUGAUCUGUUACAAUUUUUCAAAAUUGUUGUAUUACCUGUGCAUUAUUAUCCCUCAAAUAAUGAAUAAAAAUGUUGUUGACUAAG